AUGAAAAGUAGUAAUAACAAAGAAUGUCAAUUUAAAGAUAUACAUAAUAAAAAAAGCUCGAAAUACUUAGAUAAGAAAAAUAUUAAACAAGACCAAUGUGUAAAUAAUUUAUGUGAGAUAUUAUCAUCAGAUGAUAACAGCGAAGAAUGUCAUAACAAAAUAAACGAUAAUUUUAUUAUUGUGGAACUUAUUUCUUAUUUAUGUGGAAAUUCAAAAAUUAUUUCAUUUUAUCCAAGUACUAAUAUAAAAAAUUCUGGUCAGAAUAAAUAUCUCUAUCAUUUUUAUAAAAAAAAAAAAGCAAAACUAUAUUUAUGCUUAAAUAAAAAAAACGAUGAAAUAUUCAUAUAUCAAGUUCAGUGUAAAUAUACCAAAAAAAAAAAAAAAAAAAAUGACACCGACGGUGAUGAUAACAAUAUAAAUAAUAGCAAAACAAAAAGUAAAGACAAUCAUUGUAUAAAUAAUAAUGUAGCACAUUGUUUAGAUAUAGCGGUGAAUAACAACGAACGAAAUGUAAAAAUAAAAAUGGAAAAUAAUCUAGAAAGGAAUAUAGAAAAUCAUAUGGAAAAUCAUAUAGAAAAUCAUAUAGAAAAUCAUAUGGAAAAUCAUAUAGAAAAUCAUAUAGAAAAUCACAUGGAAGACCACAUAAAAAAACAUGAAAAUAAACAUAUUUAUCAUUCUUAUAAUUAUCCUCAAAGUAAUACAAUUCAUGAAUAUCUAUCCUCAUCCUCAUCCAAAGAUAUAAAAACAAACCAUAAUAUAGAAAAAAAACAAUGUAACAUAGAAGAUAAUUAUCAUAACUAUAAUUAUAAAAAAAAAAUAUUCAUUAAAAAAUUAUUUGAUAGCAUUAAUUGUUCAUAUGAUCUCUCAAAUAUUGAAUAUACUAAAUUACAAACAACAGAUGAUAAAACUUUAAAUUCAUUGAAACUUAUAUUACGGCAAAAAAUUAAUAAAACACAAAAUACAAUAAAAACAGAACAACAAACAUAUGAACAAAAAUCUGAUAUUAAUCAUGAUUCAAAUAGUGGUCAUCAACAAAUAAAUAAUUUUAUUGUAAACACAAAUAGUACACAUACUCAAUAUUCUUUGAAAAAUAAUUUCAAUAAAAAUUACCUGACUUGUUCAGAAAAUAAUAAGGACAAAAAUAUAUGUAAGGAUGAAGAGAGAAAAAUUGCGAAUGAUAAUAAAACAGAUGAUAACGAAAUGAAAACCUUAUUUCUUUAUUUUAAUGAGCCAGCAAAUAUAUAUAUGAAUCAGUUUUCGCACAUUGACCAAAGCAAAGAACAAAAUAACGUGAAACAAAUAUCAGGGUUUUUAAAAGAUAUAAGGCGCCACUAUAUACAAAAGGAACUGAGCAAAAUAUGUAAAAGUAACAAAUAUAAAUCAAUAAUUCACAAAAUGAAAAAGGACGAUUUUUUUGUUAAUUUUUUGGAAGAUUACGAAAGUGAUAUAAGUAUAUGUAGUAAUGAUCUUCAAUUUAGCGAUUCAGAAGUUAUAACUAAUGAUCGAGAAAUAUAUAUAAAAGAGGAGAAAAAAAAAAAAAAAAGGAACGUACUCACAAGAAAUAAUUUAAAAAUAAAAUGGAUUUUAUUAAAUUUAAAUUUGAAAAAUGAUGACGAAGCAUUAAUAAAAAAAUAUGUUAUAUGUAAAAAAGAAAAAAUUCAGAAAUUUAAAAAAUCGAAUUAUCUUUCAAAUGAAAUAUAUAAUUCUUUUUAUAAUAAUAAAAAAGAAAAUGAAAAAUAUGUAAUAAAAAAUAAAGAUUCUAUAACAAAUGAAUGUGUUACAUAUGCUGAAGAUAAAAACGUAUCUUUCGAUAAAUCAUAUAUUAAUAAUACAUCUUCAAAUAAAUCUUCUAGUAAGAAAUCAUAUUCAAAUGAAUCUUGUAGUUAUCAAUCUUAUACUGAUGAUGACCAACCAUACAUUUCUAAUUCUCAUGAUAAAGAAAAAAAGCAGGAAUGUUAUAACAAAAUGAAAAUAUCACAUAAUAAUAAUAAUAUGAAUAAUAUGAAUAAUACGAAUAAUACGAAUAAUAUAAAUAAUAUCAAUAAUAAUAAUACACAGAAUGAUGAAUUAGGUGCAAAUGAUAUAAGCCCAAUUUUUAAUUUAGCUUUGUCUGAUAAUUCAAAAGAUAAAGAAGAAAUACAAAAAGAAACUAAUGAAAAUAUUAUACAUGACAAAAGAAAUAUGAGGAAAACAAAUCAACAAGAUAAUAACCAAAUAGAUUUUUCUACAAAUAAUUUAUCAUAUUGUCAAAUUGAUAAUAAUACUAAUAAGAAUUCUACAUUUAUUUAUAAUGGUCAAAUGUAUAUUUCAAAAGAUAUAAAUCAGGAAGUGUAUAAUGAAGAGGUAAACAUAAAUAUUAAUAGAAAAAAUAAUAACAUAAACAAUAUAUAUGAUCGUGAUAAUAAUACAAAUGAGGAAAAAGCAUAUCCUCCUAUAUCUGACGCUUCUUCAUCCUACUCAUAUAUAGAAGAAAAAAAUGAUCAUCAUGUAAACGCUGAAAAAGAAAUUUAUAUAAGUGACACUUUAGAUAUGAAAAAUGCUAGAAAACGAAAAAUAUAUAAUGUCCAGAAUUAUUCUGAUACUCAAAAUGAAGACAAAAAAAUGAUGUAUGGGAAAAAUGAUAGCAGUGAAGAUUCGGUUAUUUAUAUGAACAAUGAUGAUAAUGAGGAUGGUAAUAAAGAUGAUGAUGAUGAUAAUAACCCUUAUGAUGAUAGUAAAAAAUAUAUGUAUAACCCCCAAUUAGAUAACAAACAAAGUGAUUCUAUUUCUAUUGGAAACACCGAAUCUAUAAAUGAAGAAAACAUAAGUAUAAAAGGAAGUGACCCCGGAAAGGUCAGGAAUUAUGUAAUAAAUAAACAAAGUUUAAAUAUCGAUUAUGUUGUUACUAAUAAGAAAAUAUCCAAUAAUAAUAAUAAUAAUAAUAAUAAAAUUAAUUUGUGUAAUAAUAGUAUUUACAAUAACCCUUGUAAUGAAUAUUCAAUAAACCUAAAACAUCAUAGUAAUGAAAAAAUCACAUCAAAAGAUAAAAGUAAUGAUAAAGAUCUAAUAAUUAAUCAUCACCAAAUUAAUCAAAGUAGUAAUAAAGAAUACAAUCCAAAUAAAUCAACAAUACAUAAAAACCACAAUACAAAUGUUGUAUAUAAUAUAAAUUCUUCUGCAACAAGAUAUUUUCUUAAUCAUAAAGUUAAUACCUUAUAUGAUAUUGUAAAAGUUAUUUAUUAUAAUUAUCGAAAUUUUAAAUAUACAGAAAAAUUAAAAUUUUAUAUAACGACCUUUUUAAAUUUUUCUAAAAUAGAAAAAGCUAAAUUAGAAUUUAUGGAAAAAGAAAAACAACUAGAUACAGAAAUACUAAAACAUUACAUAAAUCAAAAAAUAUGUAACAAACAAAAUGUAUGGAAUUUAAAUAAUUAUAUUAUAGAUAAUGAUAAUAUUUUUAGAUUAAAUAAGUCUAAAUAUAUUGAUGAUUCUAUAAUAGAUUUUUUUAAUAAUUAUAUUUCUUCAUUUAUUCUAAAUAUCAAUAAAAAUUUAAACGAUACAUAUAUUUUUAAUACUUUUUUUUAUAAAAAAUUAGAAUUAUAUGACGAUGUUCUAAAAGCUUAUGUUAAUACUACUAGAUGGAUUAAAAAAUUAAACAAAAAAAUUUAUGAAUACACAUAUGUAUUUAUUCCAGUAAAUAUUGAAAAUACGCAUUGGUCUUUGGUUCUUAUAUAUUUUCCUUUUAACGAUGACGAAAAUAAAAAACGUGAUAGUCUACACCUUUUAUCAUGUUCCAAUAUCACGAAACAAACAAUAAAUGAAAAUCGAAUGCACUCUGGUAAUAAUGAAGAAAAAGAAAAGGAAGAACAAGAACAAAAGGAAGAACAAGAACAAAAGGAAGAACAAGAACAAAAGCAAGAACACAAACAAAAACAAGAACACAAACACAAACACAAACAAAAACACGAACACAAACACAAACAAAAACACGAACACAAACACAAACACAAACACAAACAAAACUGCUACGCUGAUGAAAAGAAUAAUGAUAGUUGUAUCAUUUUAGAUAAGGAGGGGGAAAAAAAAAAUUCAUCUGACAAAAAACAAUCAAAUGAAAUUUCUCUAAAAGGUACAAAUAAAAAUUCUAAAAAUAAAGAAAAAGGAAAUUUUAAAUCAAAGUGGUAUAUCAAGUUAAGGAACAGAUCAUACGAUUCAUACUUUUUUAACAGAUAUUUUAUAAAUGCAGAUAAAUUUAAUUAUGAUAUAAGAAAGGAUCGUUUCCAAAUUAUAGAUAAGAAUAUUAAUAAUGAAAUACAAAACGAUAUUUUCUGUAAUAAUCGUUUAAGUUCUAGUGACCCAGAUGAAUAUACUUUUUUAUAUUCCCAAGGAAAUUCUUGGAUUAAAAGAAAAGGAAAAGGCUCUUCAAUAAAUAGUAAUAAUGAUUACAGUGAUGAUAAUGAUUACAGUGAUAAUAUUGAUUACAGUGAUAAUAUUGAUUACAGUGAUAAUAUUGAUUACAGUAAUAAUAUUGAUGAUAGUAAUAAUAUUGAUGAUAGUAAUAAUAUUGAUGAUAGUAAUAAUAUUGAUGAUAGUAAUAAUAUUGAUGAUAAUAAUAAUAAUAAUAUGAAUCAUUUCCAUAAUAAGAUUAAUAGUUUAAAUAAUAAUUCUAUAAAAAACAAAAUGAAAGAGCUAAAAGAAGAAAAAUCAAAUAAACAGAACAAGGUAGCAUAUAUGAUAUACCUAGAUUCUUUAUUUCCAUCUGUUAAAGGAAAUAAAAUUUUAGAAAAAAUAAAAAAAUAUAUUGAACAUAUAUAUUAUUCAGAUUAUAUGAAUAUUAAUAAUAAAAUAGAAAUGAAACAUAACAAAAUAGAUAAUGAUAUUCCAAAAAUUGUUUUUAAAUUUAUAUAUCCUAAAGUUCUUCCUAAGCAAAAUAAUAGUUAUGAUUGUGGAAUAUAUAUUAUACAAUUUAUUUUGCAUUUAUGUUUGAAUAAACAUUUAGUAGAACGAGAUUUGAUAAAUCCUUAUGAGGAUAAAUUAAAUAAUAAUGACCUUUAUCAUAACAAAUCUAUUUUUACUACAUCUAAUAAAAUUUCGCAACAUAAUCAUAGUAAUAAUUAUGUUUAUUCAAGGCUUAGAUCCAAUAGACCUGCCCCGUGGUUUGGUCAAAGGGACAUAAAUAUAAAGAGAAAGCAAAUGAAGAAGAUGCUCUUAUAUAUGAAAGACGUUAUAAAUUGGAAAUCUCCAAACCAUAUCGAAGUUUUGAAUUUAUUAUUUUUAAUGAAUGACGAUAAUCAAAUUAAAAAGGACAAAUAUAUAGCCACUUAA